UGACUCCCGUCGUCGCCUCUCUUUCUCCUUCCUCCAUCGUCUCAGUUUUCUCUCUCAUCUCUCCGAUCUUUGAUAGAUCUCCUAUAGACCCUCUUGGGUUCAUCAAUUGCUAGAUUAUCUGAAUGGAUCGUGGUAAUAGAAGCAGCACCGACGCAGGAACAAUGGAAUCAACGGAGAUUCAUUCUCAACCGCAGCCUGUGGCGGUUCUAACUGCAAACGCGCCUCCUCCUCCGUUCCUGAGCAAGACCUAUGACAUGGUUGACGAUCCCGCUACCGAUUCGAUUGUGUCGUGGAGUGCUAACAACAACAGUUUUAUCGUAUGGGAUCCGCCACAGUUCGCUAAAGAUCUUCUUCCCAAGAACUUCAAGCACAAUAACUUCUCCAGCUUCGUCAGGCAGCUUAACACCUACGGUUUCCGGAAGGUUGACCCAGAUAAAUGGGAAUUUGCUAAUGAAGGUUUCUUAAGAGGUCAGAAGCACUUGCUAAAAACAAUAACUCGGCGAAAACCUGCACAAGCACAUGGAAAUCAGCAAUCUCAGCACUCGAUUGGGCAGAACUCAACUGUAAGCUCAUGUGUUGAAGUUGGCAAAUUUGGUCUCAAAGAAGAGGUUGAGAGGCUUAAACGAGACAAGAACGUUCUUAUGCAAGAACUCGUCAGAUUAAGACAGCAGCAGCAAUCCACUGAUAACCAACUUCAAACGAUGGUUCAGCGUCUCCAGGGCAUGGAGAAUCGGCAACAACAAUUAAUGUCAUUCCUUGCAAAGGCAGUGCAAAGCCCUCAUUUUCUAUCUCAGUUCUUACAGCAGCAGAACCAACAAAACGAGAGUAGUAGGAGAAUCAGUGACACCAGUAAGAAGCGGAGAUUCAAGCGAGAUGGUAUUGUCAGUAAUAAGGAUGCUGCUUCUCGUGAUGGACAGAUAGUGAAGUAUCAGCCUCCAAUGCACGAGCAAGCAAAGGCAAUGUUUAGUCAGCUUAUGAAGAUGGAACCUUACAAAACCGGCGAUCUUCUUGGUGACGGUACUUCUACUACUACAGAAGGAACAGAGAUGGAGAUUUCAUCAAACAAUGUAUCGGGUAUAACUCUGCAGGAGAUGCCAACAGCUUCUGAGAUACAAUCAUCACCACGAAGUCGAGCAACACCUGAAAAUGUUACAGUAGCUGAUUUUCCAACACCUGAUGAAGCAGUUCCUUCACCUGGUGAUCUACCUCUACCCGAAUUUGCUGAUAUGCUACCAGAGAAUAUCGCCGGGAUGCCUCCUGGGAAUUUCUUGGAAACAAACGAGGAAGGUUUUAGUCCUAUCCUAGAUUCAGAUCUGUUCAUCGAUGGUGAAUUACCCUUUGACAUUGACGACAUUCUGAGGGACCCCGAUUUGGAACCUUCGUCAGUGGUUGAUGAUGAUUACGCUUCACUCUUUAAAGACAUUCUCAUGUCAAGCCCGGUUCCAGAUGAUAUGGAUGUAACACCAGUGGAUGUUAGAACCAAGGACAGUGACACAGAGAAGAAACAGAUGGAUAAUCUGACUCAACAGAUGGGUCUCCUCUCGCCUGAAACCAUAGAUCUCUCCAGGCAAAAUCCUUGAAUUUGGAAGCUAUCAAGUCUUUUGAAGUAAAACCAAACUAAUAUGUUCCCUGAGAACAGCAUAUUCAUUUCAUGCACUGAUCAUUUUAUUUCUUCUUUCUUAUAUCAAUCUACAUUUACACUAUCAAGUUGGAAGAAUAUUGUCGAAGUUUCAAUCUAUUCUUAAAGUUUUUGCCUAUUUUGUUAGAAGAGGUAAAUGAACUUUAUGAGAUCAAUAGAAUAAUCCAUUGUGGUUGAUUUGAUCUAUUGUGUCCCAUGAGUCAUCAUACUUUGCACCAUACUUUGCACCUUUAA